CUGUAGGCGGGCAAGACGUCACUGCCCGCGCCCCUCUCUCCGCCGCCGCCGCCCCCCGCCCGACGAGAGCAGAGCACAGCGCCGCCGCCGAUCAGCUUAACUAGCCGACAUGGUUAUCCCUGCACCAGCUAGGGCACCUGCAAUCACCAAGUUCCUGAAGCCCUAUGUUCUGAAGAUGCACUUCACAAACAACUUUGUGACGGCCCAGGUCAUCCACACCCCAUCGGCGACCAUCGCCUGUGCAGCGAGCUCACAGGAGAAGAUCCUGAGGCCGAGCAUGGAGUCGACGCGGGACGUCGCGGCAGCUGCGAAGAUCGGGAAGCUGCUCGGCGAGCGCCUGCUGUUCCAGGGUAUCCCUGCAGUGUCCGUCUCCAUGUCGAGAGACCAGACGUACCACGGCAAGGUCAAAGCCGUCAUUGAUUCUCUCACGGCUGCCGGCGUGAAGCUACUGUGAACGAUGGCAGCUGAUCAUCAGUAGUCGGUUUUCCCCGGCUGUUUAGUUCUGAUAUAUGAAUAGUGUCUUCAGGUUUAUGAUGUUUACAGUUUAGCUUCUUCCGAGUGCUUGGUUUCGGCUUCUCGAAUCUGUAACUUUCCCAGGCAUCAUAAUAGGGAUCAAUAUGUUUCUGUUCGGAAUACGGGGCUUUCCGACGCGUGUCGCGGGAAUGAAAUUGCAUCUUUUGAAA